AGCCAUACCUUCCGAGGAAUCAGGUCGAAGUCUCAAUCAAUUUUGAUUUUGGAACACAUCAAUUGUUUUUUUAAAUUACAUUCCAUUCUGUGGAGUUUGUGACGUAGAGAGUUCUGAUUGGCCAGUAAUUGAAAGCCACCACAAUGGUAACCAACACGACACUACUCCUGAUCUUCGUGACCAUAGCAUCAGUGACGGCACAGACCUUCCAGUACUCCCGAGGCUGGACGAACGGCAAGAGAGACGGCCACAAGAGAACUGAUGACAUCAGGGAGAUAGCCAUGAAUAUCGACAAGUUCCUCUCGCCCUGCCAGAUUAAUAAGCUCAAGUAUCUGUUGGAAGGAAAGCCGGUUACUGAAAAGCUGCUGGUGCCGUGCGACAUCUUAGACGACGAAGAAUCUCCAAAAAGAUACACUGAACGAACCCUGGACGCGCUCAUCGAAGCAUUUCACUGAAAGUUCUAAUUUAAUUGCUUAAUUAUAAUGUGCCAACAGAAAAUGAGAUUAAAUUAUAUUUUAUUUUAUAGUUAGGUGAUACAAGGACCAUUUUGAUAGAUUUUAUUAUUGUACCUAAUAUUGUUAAUUAAAUGUUUGUAAGUCAUUAUUUUAUGUAAUGCAUUCAUGGCUGGAUAAGUGCAUUACUAUUUAUAGUCAGAUUAUACCAAAAAUGUUUUUUUUCUGCUCUGUAAUUCAAAUUGUGAAGAGUUCUGACCAGGAAAAUGUUUUGUUGUGAGAAAAGGAUGGUGGCCCCAUACCUCUCUUGAAGUAAAACAAUUUAUGGUUAGAACACUUCAUAAUUACGGAAGUUUUGAUGCAAUAGAAUUAUCAGUUUGUUUAAUAGAAUAAAAUAGUUAUUACAAAAUUAAGAGUAUAUCUAUGUAUGUAUAGUGAUUUCAAGAUACCUAUUUGGCUUAAUAAAUGUAAUUUGUGCUAUUUCGAGGUGCAGACCUUAAAAAAUGAAACUAAAUUAUAGAAUAACGUAUAACAAUGUUAAAAAUGUUGACAACAAUAUUGUAUUGUAACUUAUAUUAUAAAUAAAAAGGUGG